AUACUGGAACCCCCUGCUAAAACGUUCGUUCUGCCCUCUGAGUCUGGGGGCUUUGAAGUUCCUCCGCGGAUGCUGGUGAAGGGGGUCGGCUGCAACCGACGAAAGGCCAAGUGGGCAUGCGCAGAAGACUUAUCUCGGGGCGGGCACGAGUGGAGAUCGAGGCGCAUGCGCAACGCUCUGGCCGUCGGGGCCUUCUCUAUGGUGCUGCGGGGAGCGAGCAUGGGGGAGAGCUCCAGCCCUAUUAGCGUCAUCUUGGUGAGCUCCGGCAGCCGCGGGAACAAGCUCCUCUUCCGCUUUCCCUUCCAGCGGGGGCCCGGCAGCCCCGCCGGUCGCACCGGCUCAACCCAUGAAGCUGAAUGUUGGGAGAUUCAGGACAGACAAAAGGAAAAGAAAGGACUUCUUCACGCAGCGCACAGCUGGACUGUGGAACUGGCUCCCACAAGGGCAGGGAUGGCCUCCAGCUUGGAUGGCUUUAAAAGAGGCUUUGACACAUUCACAGAGGAGGAGGAGGCUAUCAGGGCUUCUAGACACUAUGGGAAACCAAGAAGUAGGUAUGCUGUGAACAGUAUUGGCGACAAUGUAGAAGACUCAGAUGGGGACUCCAGAGAGCCAUGUCCUCUCACUGAUGAGCAGGUGGUGUCGGGGUUUUCGGAUGUCAUCCUGGCAACGAUACUGGCUACCAAGUCAGACAUGUGUGGCAAAAAGUUUGAGCUGAAGAUUGAUAACGUCCGCUUUGUUGGCCACCCGACUCUGCUGCAGCACGCCUUUGGGCAGAUAUCCAAGACAGACCCCUCCCCAAAAAGGGAGAUGCCCACCAUGAUUCUCUUCAAUGUUGUGUUUGCCUUAAGGGCCACUGCAGACCACUCCGUCAUCAGCUGCCUGCACAAUCUCUCUCGCCGCAUCGCCAUUGUUCUCCAGCACGAAGAGCGCCGCUGCCAGUAUCUCACCAGAGAGGCCAAACUCAUUCUGGCCAUUCAAGACGAAGUGUCUGCCAUGUCAGAAACAACAGAAGGCCCCCAGACUCCUUUCCUCCACAUCCUCCCCAAGUGCAAGCUGGCCAGAGACCUGAAGGAGGCUUAUGACAGCCUCUGCACUACAGGAGUGGUUCAGCUACAUAUCAACAACUGGCUGGAAGUGAGUUUCUGCCUCCCUCACAAAAUCCACUACGCUGCGUCCCAUUCCAUUCCUCCAGAGGCCAUCAAAAGGAGCCUGAAGGCCAUUCGGCCUUACCACGCCUUGCUGCUGCUCAAGGAUGAGAAGUCCCUCCUCAGCGAGCUGCCCCUGGACUGCUCCCCGGCCCUGGUGCGAGUGAUCCGGACCACCUCUGCCGUGAAGAACCUUCAGCAGCUGGCUCAGGAUGCUGACCUUGCAUUGCUGCAGGUCUUUCAGCUGGCUGCACAUCUGGUUUACUGGGGGAAAGCCAUCAUUGUCUACCCGCUCUGCGAGAACAAUGUCUACAUGCUGUCUCCCAGUGCCAGCGUUUUUCUCUAUUCCCCUCUGGCAGAUGAAUUUUCCUGCCAGUUUCCUGGUCACGAUCUGCCUUCCGUUCUCUCCAAGUUCUCCUUGCCAGUUUCUCUGUCAGAGUUUAAGAGCCCCCUUGCUCCUCCUGUGCAGGAGACACAGUUCAUCCAGAUGGUGGUCUGGAUGCUCCAGCACCGCCUCCUCAUCCAGCUGCACACCUAUGCCUGCCUCCUGGUUCCCCCAAAGGAAGAGGAGUUUCGGCCCAGAGUGGAAGAGUUGCCUUUUGCGGCCCGGGUCGGGAGUCGACGUCUCAGCACUCCCAACGCACUCAGCUUUGGCUCUCCAACAAGCAGUGAUGACAUGACGCUCACUAGCCCUAGCAUGGACAACUCCAGUGCAGAGCUGCUGCCUGGGGGAGACUCUCCAGUGAACAAGCGCAUGACAGAGAACCUGCUGACGAGCCUCUCGGAGCACGAGCGGGAAGUGAUUCUCAGUAUCCCAGCAGCCCACAACCCAGAAGAUCUGCGCAUGUUUGCCAGGCUGCUACACUAUUUCCGAGGACGGCACCACCUGGAAGAGAUAAUGUACAACGAGAACAUGCGUCGCUCCCACCUCCUCAUGCUCUUUGACAAGUUCCGGACCGUGCUGGUGGUGACCAACCAUGAGGAUCCUGUCAUCUCAGUCUUUCAGUCCUUCCAGGAGUAAGCAGAAGCUGCCGCCUUGGACCUCUCGUAAGGACAUGGGGUGGGGACGGCGAGGAGGGUCGCGGGCCCUGCUUGCCUUAGUGGGGCUGGGGGCAGACUGGACUUGCGGGCCUCCCGAAUGAAAGCCUGUCAGCUGCCCUCUGCUGUCUGGGCCAAGGAUUCAGCCAUGCUCUGCUCUUCUGUCCUGGCUGGCAUUCCUGGCACUGCCAAGCCUUCAGUGUUGCUCUGGGGUCUCUGCUCACAGUUGCCAAAGGAGUGAGCUGGAAGCUUUGUGGGGGG